AGGGCGGCAUUCACGGUGGUGCUAUUAUCGAUGCUUGUGACUGCUCCUUACACCGUUAAUGCAACGGUAACUUGUGGUCAGGUCGUCACAUUACUCACUCCAUGCAUCCCCUUUGGAGUGUUUGGAGGAGACGUGCCGCCAGAUUGUUGUGCCGGCAUAAAAGGCCUGCAUGAUAUACAAAACACCGCGGAGGAUCGAAGAACUGCGUGCAGCUGCAUUCAACAAGGGGCUGCAAUGAUUCCAGGGUUAGAUUAUGACCGAGUUAACACGCUUGGGGAUCGAUGUGGUUCUCCUUGCCCCUACACAGUUUACCCCUCUACUAACUGCUCCGAGGUAAAUUGAAUAAUGCCUUUGAAAUCAAGCUUCCUGGAAGACUAUUCCUCAAAAUCUAGCUACAAGAAGGGUCACUUAUUGAAAGCACAAUGCUUUAUUUUGUCGCAUUCAAUUAUUAAUUAUUUGAUCGAACAAAUAAUUAAUUAUUUGAAUAUGGGUAAUGGAUCGUAUGUAAUCCAAAUUAUGAUAAU